GUGAUUGUGACGCUACACAGCUUCAUCAGAUUAGCCAGUCUGACAUUUAGCUAAACGCGGUGGGAGAUUAUUAAACUUUAUUAAACGAACCCCUGGCAGUGAUAACCUGCAGUCAUGGCGUCGGUUUUAGAUGCUCUCUGGGAAGACAGGGACGUUAGAUUCGACAUAACAGCGCAGCAGAUGAAAACUCGUCCAGGAGAGGUGCUGAUAGAUUGCCUGGACUCGAUUGAAGACACGAAAGGAAACAACGGAGAUCGAGGAAGACUCUUGGUGACAAAUCUGAGAAUCAUUUGGCAUUCUCUGGCCCUGCCAAGAGUCAAUUUAUCUGUGGGUUACAACACAAUCAUUAACAUCACAACAAGGACAGCUAACUCGAAACUACGAGGCCAAACCGAGGCUCUCUACAUCCUGACAAAGUCCAACAACACAAGAUUUGAAUUCAUUUUUACAAAUGUGGUUCCAGGAAGUCCUAGACUCUUUACUUCUGUCAUUGCUGUACACAGGGCCUACGAGACUUCUAAAAUGUACCGGGACCUGAAAUUGCGAGCCGCUCUUAUUCAAAAUAAGCAGCUUCGACUCCUGCCCCGGGAACAAGUGUACGAUAAAAUUAAUGGAGUCUGGAAUUUAUCCAGUGAUCAGGGUAACCUUGGAACCUUCUUUAUUACCAACGUACGGAUUGUGUGGCAUGCUAAUAUGAAUGAGAGCUUCAAUGUCAGCAUUCCUUACCUCCAGAUUUGGUCAAUCAGAAUAAGAGACUCAAAGUUUGGUUUGGCUUUGGUCAUUGAGAGUUCCCGCCAGAGUGGAGGCUAUGUGCUGGGGUUUAAGAUUGAUCCAGUGGAUAAGCUUCAGGAUGCACUCAAGGAAAUCAAUUCCUUGCACAAGGUCUACUCUGCCAACCCCAUCUUUGGAGUGGACUACGAAAUGGAAGAAAAGCCCCAGCCGUUGGAAGAGCUCACAGUGGAACAGCCUCCUGAUGAUGUGGAAAUUGAGCCAGACGAGCAGACUGAUGCUUUCACUGCCUACUUCGCUGAUGGCAGUAAGCAACAAGACCGUGAGCCGGUUUUCUCUGAGGAACUCGGCCUUGCCAUUGAAAAGCUGAAGGAUGGAUUUACGCUUCAAGGGCUGUGGGAAGUAAUGGGCUGAAAUAACAUGACACAUGUACUUACUUUAUGUAUGUAUUGUGUUUAUAAAGACAACAAGUAUGCUUAUUUAUAGGUCAAGUUAAAAGGUGUACAGUUUACUACAGUAACUUUAAUGUAUUUUUGUGUGUGUUAAUUGGAUAAAACAUUUGUAUAGUGACAAAAAUGUAAAAGAAAAGGCAGCUUUUAUUGUUUAAUGUGAAUAAAUGUAUUUAAGUAGA